GCGCCGAAGACAGUGGCAGCUGGCCUCUUCACUUGUUUGCUUUCUCACUUUCUGAACUUCCAACUCCCACCACUCUUUCUCCGCCUCAUGAUCACUUUCUGCACGAGUCGCCCAUCGAUACCAACGCGCCCGAGCGCACAUCCACUUCUCUGGACAUCACUGCUCCAACAAUAGCGGACGCGUGCCAACAUGUCCAACGAAUACAAUUACGACAACGAUGCCCAGUUCUUUCCCUUCUUCGUGCUCACAGUGACCUCUUUGGUCACUGUCCCUCUUACAUACACCCUUCUCAGAACGCCGACAGACACUUCGCUACUCAAAAAGGCCGGCCAUAUCGAGUCGGCGUACAAACCGCACAAUGAAGACAUCAUUAAUGCGCAGCGGGCGAAGCAGAAGCGGAAAGAGCUGCGGAUGAAACGUAUCGUCACGGCAAUCACAGGAUGGGCCAUUAUUGCAUACAUGGUGUACUUGGUGGCCACGACCACACGAGAGGCGGCCAAGAUCUGGAACCCUUUCGAUAUCCUAGGCGUGCCCAUGUCUGCCACGGAAAAGGCUAUCAACUCGAAAUACCGCAGACUAUCGAUCACUAUGCAUCCCGACAAGCGUCAGCCCAACCCGGCAUUGAAUCAGACCAUCGAGAGCAUCAACGAUGAAUGGGUGGAGAUCACCAAGGCCUACAAAGCGUUGACGGAUGAAGAAAUACGAGCUAAUUGGGAACAAUACGGUAACCCCGACGGCAAGCAGAGCACGAGCUUCGGCAUAGCAUUGCCUAAACUCUUGGUUGCCGAGGGUAGUGGCAAGUAUGUUCUUGCUUUCUAUGGUCUGCUGCUGGGAAUCGGCCUACCUUGGUUGGUCGGCAGAUGGUGGUAUGGCAUGCAAAAGGUCACUCGUGAAAAGAUCUUGGUUACGAGCGCUGGAAAUAUGUUCAAAGAGUUCAAGGACCGUAUGGACGGAGGCGAAGUGCUAGCUGCGGUAAGCACAGCGUCUGAGUUCAAAGAAAUCUUGCACGGAGCAAAUGCGGACACGGGAAUGGGCAAGGUGGAGAGCAAGCUCGCUUCGACAGAGACCAGUGACGCUGUAAUGCUUCCAAAGGAUAAGACGAAGUUGAAGGAGCUGGAGGAUCCUGUCCGACGCAAGACACUUGCUCUGCUUUGGGCGUACUUGACACGACUGGAUCUUGGGGAUGCCACGCUUGAGGCGGAAAAGUAUGAGCUCGCACCAACAGCUGAGAGGCUCAACCAGGCCUUCGUGUCCAUGUGCUUAGCCUACGGUUUCACUGCCCCAGUCCUUGCAUCGUACGGUCUCAGCCAGUGUCUGGUCCAGGCUAUCGCACCAACUCCUGCAGGAAAGGCGCCUCUCUUACAAUUGCCACACUUCACACCGGAAGCGAUCCGUGAGAUCGAAACUGCAGUCAACGACAAGAAAGAGCACAUGACGAUACAGUCAUUUAUGGCUUUGCCAGCUGAACAACGACAAGCUCUAGCCCAAGCAGUCGGCAUCACGAACGACCACCUCAAAAUUGCCGAGGACGUUUCCAAAAAGCUGCCGUAUCUCAAGGUAGAAAAGGCAUUCUUCAAGGUCGCCGGCGAGAAGUACAUCAUUCCGUCCUCACUUGUGCAACUGGUCAUCAAGGCUCGAUUUAUCCCUCCUGGUACACCCGCCUCCAGCAUUCCAAAGGUCAACCCAGACGACUUGCUCGAUAUUGAUGCUCCCGAGGGUGAUAUUCAAGCCGCGAAGAAAGAGCCCGAACAACAUCACAUCCCGCUGGCUUAUGCACCAUACUUCGCCCGUGAUCGUGCGCCCAAGUGGCACGUUUUCCUCGCCGACAACCGACAAGGCAAGAUUGCAGUACCCCCAUUCAAUUUCGACACCUUCGACAAGAAGCCUUUCGAUGAGAGCGGCGCGCCGACUUUCAACGUUGUUACCCUCAAGAUGCAAUUCGGAGCACCACCACAGGCUGGCGAAUACAAGUUCCAGAUGCACAUGGUGUGUGACAGCUAUGUUGGUUUCGAUCACAAGCAGGAGAUCAUCAUGAACAUCGAUGAUGCCAGCCGAGCCCAAGAGGUUGACGACGACGAUGACAUUUCUGAGCCUGAUGAGGACACAAUCGCAGGGCAACUCGCGGCACUUAAGGGCGACGCAACUGCUCAGGAUGCUCCGAAGCGAACGAAGAAAGCCAAGAUCACAGAGGAAGACAGUGACUACGAAUCCGGCACAGACGAUGAAGAAGGAGCAUCAUCAGGCUCUGAGACCGACACUGAUACCGAUUCUGAAGCAGAGGAGGAGCAAGCCAAGGGCAAGUCUUGGUGGUAGAGCGCCCUGCCUUGAAGAAGGCAAUGUUGCAAUCGUAUCUUAACCAUAGCGCGGCGUUAGGAGUUCGCUUGGAGUGGAAUGGAAACUUCACAUCGCACUGUAGACCGAUCAGAAUAACGAAUCACACGUUGGAACGCGAGAUACCCAGCUGAAAACGUCACCAGCAUAAUAGUACGGAAGACUCGAAGACAGGACGGCAGUGGUAGGGAGAGUCCGAACGGGCGAACGUCUGGCACAACGAGGCUCGAGCUACACAGGGCAAUGUGGUCCCGUACAAAUAAAAGUUUGGGAAUGAAAUGGUCGCCGAGCCUCAAUCGCACCAGGUUCACUUUGCGGACAUGUAUAUUUUCAAAGUCAGGUAGGCUUGAAGAACGCCGUAACGCCAUGUGCGAUGUGUACCCAACG